UUUUUUUCGUGUUUGUUUUUAUUGUUUAUUUACUGUUUGGUGUUUUCGUCUUAUACCACUUGGUAUAUAUAGUAUUUACCACCUAUAUUGGCAUCCGGCUAUCUGCGACUGUUUAUGCGUUUUCUGGCUCGCAAUAAAUCAUAAUUCCAUAUCCGCCAUUGUUGUGCUUAUAUUCGACGAUCGACUUAUUAUUAUACGUCGAAUGUCUCAGAAGUCUCCCGACCUAGUGUACUUAGAGAGUCUGCCAUCAUCCGUAGUGUUGGUCCUACGCGAUUGAUUGUCGAUCACGACGACCGCGGUGGUGAUAUUUAUACGUUAUAGACACAGUCGUAAUGUCAGCCGGCGUUUCCGAACAGGUGAAAUAUAACCAUUAUUCUUACGUAGCGCGUCAAGGGACAAGAGCACCAAGUUGAUGGACCAAAAGAUCCUAACAAAGUUAAAGAAGGAGGAGCACAUUUUGAAACUGCUUGGCAUCCACAAUUCCAACAACAACCUAGUUAUAAUAAUGCUAUGACACCAGAUCAAUAUUACCAGUAUCAAAAUCCAGCUCUAUAUCAAUAUCCAACACCAACUGCAUAUAGUAUGGGUGAUAGAUCUUGGACAAAUGCACCUGAAGCGCUAACAUAUGUUGGAGGAUAUUUACCUACUCCAGAGACUUAUAAUCAGCCCAAUGUUUAUAAUGCUCAGUACAAUCAUCCCACUCCUACUCCUGGCUACAACUAUUAUAUUGCUCAAAAGCCAUUUGAAGGAUAUUAUAGGGCUGGAGAUCAAAUGUAUGGAGUUCCAGUAAAUGAACAAAUAAAAACCAUUGAACAAGAUGUACAAGCAUUAAGUGUAAAUGAUUAUAGAGAUAAUAGUAGUGUACAGCAGAAAAAAGUAUCGACAUGGGCAACUGUUGCAAAGCAACCAGUGAAACCUAUAAUAUCAUUAACUACUGUAACAAAGAAGAAAAGUCCAGGUAUGCCUCCACCACCUAUGAUACCUGGUAAAAAUGAUGGUCACUGGGAAUCAAAAGCUGCAGCUAAACCUCCUCCCUCUCCAGUUGUACAAGUUCAAGUUCCCAUUAUUCAAGCUCCUCCUGUAGUUGUGGAAACAAAACCUCAAAACUGGAAUGAUCAGAGAAAUGUUCCUUCUUAUAAUGCUCCUCCUAUGGCAGAAAUACCUACUCAUAUACCUCCUCCUGAUCAUAUUAGACAUGUACCACCCCCAACUAUUAUCAUGUCAUCACCACCACCACUUCAGAUUUUAAAUUCUCCAACAGAAGAAAAUACCAAGCGUAAAAUAAUUGACGAACUAAAAAUGAAAAAUCAUUAUAAUCCUGCUGAGUAUUCUAAUCCACCCGAAGGUUCAAGAUUUUUUAUUAUUAAAUCUUAUUCUGAAGAUGAUAUUCAUCGAUCAAUUAAAUAUGAGAUAUGGUGCUCUACUGAUCAUGGAAAUCGACGAUUAGAUCAAGCAUUUAGUUCAUCAGAUAAAAAAAAAAUAUUUCUUUUAUAUUCGGUAAAUGGAUCUGGACAUUUUUGUGGAGUAGCAGAAAUGAUUUCAGCUGUUGAUUAUAAUUCUUCUAGUUCAGUAUGGUGUCAAGAUAAAUGGAAAGGACAGUUUGGUGUUAGAUGGAUUUAUGUUAAAGAUGUGCCUAACAAUCAAUUCAGGCAUAUUCGAUUGGAAAACAAUGAAAACAAACCAGUGACUCAUUCUAGAGAUACACAAGAGGUUCCUUAUAAUCAGGGUGUACAAGUAUUAAGAAUAAUACAUUCUUAUAAACACGAAACUUCAAUUUUUGAUGAUUUCCAACACUAUGAAAAUUUACAAAAAUUAGAGGAUAACAAAAAAAUUGCAGCUCCACUUCCUCCAUCAUCACAUUCUACCAUUAACAAAUAUAAUCAUUUUGGACCAGUUCAAUUCAAUGAUAAUCGACCACCACAGCAGAACCAUUAUCAUAAAGAUUGGGAAAAUAAGCCGAAAGAUACUAAAAUUGAAGGUAGAGACAAUUCUUACCAUCCGCCAAAAUUGGAAAAUCACAGUCAUAACCAUCGAUCCAGAACUGAUAGUUAUAGAGGUCGUAACGAGAAUUUUAGUAAAGAAGACAACUUCCGAGAACAUAAAAAUUAUCGUAAUGAUCAAAAUAGAAUUCGUAAUGAUCAUCAUUGUAAUUGGGAUGAACAAUAUAGAGGUGGGAAUAAUUUCAAUAGAGGACGUAGGGGUAGAGGAGGUGGACCUUUUGUCUUUGUUAAUAGUAACUUGAAACAAACUGAUCGUAGUUAUGAAUAAAAUAUUAGUUAAUUUGUUUUUUUUACAUGGUUAAUAUAAAACGGAAUAGUAGAA